AUGACGCCCCCCCAGCUCUGUGUGGGGGGCCGCUUCAACCACACCGCUCCCAGCAUGUGGGGCGGCGCCAGCGCCACGCGGGGGGCCGACAACGGCACGGCGCGCCCCGCGGAGGGGUGCGGCUCGGUCUCGGUGGCGUUCCCCUUGAGCAUGAUGCUGACGGGCACGGUGGGCAAUGCCCUGGCCAUGCUGCUGGUGUCCCGCGCCUGCCGGAGGAAGGAGAACACGCGGAAGAAGUCCUUCCUGCUGUGCAUCGGCUCCCUGGCGCUCACCGACCUCACCGGCCAGCUCCUCACCAGCCCCGUGGUCAUCGCCGUGUAUCUGGCCAACAGGAACUGGCAGGAGCUGGACCCCUCGGGCAACCUGUGCGCCUUCUUUGGGUUCUGCAUGACCGUCUUCGGCCUCUGCCCCCUCUUCAUCGCCAGUGCCAUGGCCGUGGAAAGGACCCUGGCCAUCAGAGCGCCUCACUGGUACGCCAGCCACAUGCGAACCAGGGUGACCAAGACUGUCUUGCUCAGCAUCUGGCUGGCGGUGUUUGCCUUUGCCCUCCUGCCCAUAGCUGGUUUAGGGCGGUACACCCUGCAGUGGCCAGGGACCUGGUGUUUUAUCAGCACCGGGGACAACCACGCGGUGGGCAACACCUUCUUCGCUUCAGCCUUUGCCUUUCUGGGACUUUCCUCUCUGAUCGUCAUCAUGGCGUGUAACUUGGCCACAAUCAAAGCUUUAGUGGCUCGGUGCAGGACCAAACCCUCAGCCUCUCAGUCCAGCAAGCAGUGGGGGAGGAUCACCAUGGAAACACUGGUCCAGCUGUUGGGGAUCAUGUGUGUUCUCUUUGCUUGUUGGUCACCACUGUUGAUUAUGAUGUUGAAAAUGAUCUUCAGUCACAAGUCGGUUGAACACUGCAAGCCAUCUGACAACACAGUUCAAAGCAUAGAACUGCAGAAAGAAUGCAAUUUCUUCUUGACGGCUGUACGCUUGGCCUCACUAAACCAGAUCUUAGACCCCUGGGUUUAUCUGCUAUUAAGAAAAAUUCUCCUCCGAAAGUUUUGUCAGGUAGCAAAUGCUAUCUCCAGUUGUUCUAAUAGUGGAUGGAAAGGGCAACCUAUCAUGUUAACAGAGGAAAUCAGACAGACAGCAGCAUGAAAGAAUAUUGAUACACCUUGCAUGCAAAUUACUUUUGACAAGUAGUCUUAAGCCUUACUGUGAUUUUGGGCAUCUGUGGCGUGCCAGUGUCUCCACAUAACUAAGCAUAGGAGUACUUUUGAAUGGACUUAGAAUGCCAGACAAUUAUGUAUCUGGUUUGCCAACAAUACAUAAAUAUAAACAAAGGAGUAUGGCCUAUUAUUAACAGUUACCUAAAAUUAUCAUAGCUAAAACCAUUCAAGCUAAAGAAUAUGACUUUUUUUCUGCUGUAUACAUCAUAUUUUCUGGGGAUUUUUCUUUCUUGGAAGGAGAAGAAUCAAUAAUUUUUAUGUCAGGUAACAUUUGAGACACAGAUUCAACAGCUUAAGUUAUUGAAAAGACUCGUUACUGUACUUAAUUUUGACUCUAAGCUUAUCUGCUAGAUCCAGAUAUUAUUCCUACCUCCUUUUUAGGGGAAAAUGCAAGAGACUUGAGGAAAAAAAUAAUAGGAGUCCUUUCCUUUCUUUAGAUUUCAGUGAUUUGUUAGAAGAAUUGCCAAUGUCGUUGUGUAUAAUAAUGGUGUUCUCUUUCAAGUGCUGAAAGGCAGCAGGAGUCAUAUGUGCUACAUGGGCUUACCAUGGUAAUUAUGGAUUUUUAGUAAAUGUAAGAAUAAACUCACCUGCUGCAAAGGAGAGGGGGCUUUGGGGAACAGCAGAAAGGUACAAUCUAUCAUUUAAAAAAAAAUAAACUUUGCACUUUUUUUUUUAACAAGUAAUACCUAUGAAACACCCAUGUUAGUGAAGCAUUGUUUCACACCAUGGCGAUGUAGUCUACUUUAGCUAUUCACAGUAGAUAUCCCUUUCACAUAGCAAAAAACUCACCCAAUACCUUCAAAGAGCAGCUUUCUCUGUGAAGGUCAUGAUUCUGGGAACAGAAAGACCUUUCAGCUACCCUCUGGUGUUGGGCACACCACAUACACAGCACCACUUUUUUACUUAAGCACCCAAAGGGUGGGUCACUCAUAAUAUGAAAUAUCAGCCAAGAAACAAUAGCUUUUUCCUAAAAGCCAGCUUUCAGAAACAUUACAGCCUUGGGAUUUUUUUUUCCUUUUUUUAAAUCAAGCUCCAUUGUCAGCAGAGAUUUCAGUUGGAGGAUCUCAUUACUCAGAUCUUUCCUUGAGUAAUUUUCAGGUUGGAUUAUAAGCACUCACAUUUCUGCCGAAUUGUUUGAACAUCUUUUACUAACUCCCUUGUUUUCCUUCAGUUUUUCAUGGGCCCAUAACUUCUAACCUGUCCCAUUUAAUGGCCUCCUUUCUGGAUUAGAUCUCU